GCCUGUCCUCGUGGAAACUGUUCCUUUUCGCGAGUGAUAAAGUCUGUCCGUUCUUCAGCGUGCACAAAAAAGCCUUCGGAUCGAACACGAUGCCGCCGCCACAGCCAUCUGGGGACGUCCUGGUGGAGCCCCCAAUCAUCGAGUUAUCCACCGUCUCCAGCGCCAGAAGUAUCCACAAUCCAGGGUCUGCAGGGCCUGGGAACCCCAGAAACACAGACCCAAUCCAUGCCCUUCAUCAGACGUCGACAAAACAAUUCGUUAUCAUCGUCGCAUCCUCCUUCACGAUCAUCUUCACCUGCUGUGGUCUCAACUUCGCCUGGGGGGUCUAUCAAGCCCUAUAUGAAAACCUCUCCAAACAACCCCACACCCCAUUCACCGGGGCAACCCCGGCCGAGAUCGACCUGAUUGGCACCAUCUCCUGCUCGCUGAUGACCAUCGGAGCCCCCUUCAGCGUGGCCUGGGCGAAAGCAUUCCCGCCGCGGAUGGUCGCCUUUACGGGGGGAUUCGUGUUUGCCGUGUCCCUGGUGCUGGCGAGCUUCGGCCAGUCACUGUGGCACUUCGAGCUGUCCCAGGGGGUGCUCAAUGGCCUAGGGACGUGUCUGUGCUACAUGGUGGCGGUGACGAUUGCACCGCCCUGGUUCACGCAGCAUCGCGGACUGGCGAUGGGGAUAAUCCUGGCGGGGACGGGGGUCGGGGGCCUCGUAUGGGCGCCAGCCCUAACCGCCAGCGUCGAGCACCUGGGCUUCCGCAACACCCUACGGCUGACCGGGGCGGUCUCCUUCACGCUGAUCUCGCUCAGCAGCAGCGCGAUGGCCUGGGAUCCCGUCAGUCGACACCAAAUCGCCCUCGAGAACGCCGCCCGCCGCCGCCACCGCAGCAGCAGCAGCAGCAGCAGCAGCAGCAGAACUCGUCGCAUGCACGGGCUGCUGCUGAAGGUGCCCCUGGUCGACUGGCGGGUGGCGCGAUCCCGACGGUUUCUGGCGCAGGCCCUGGGGGCGAUCUUCCAGGCGGCGGCCUACUACACCCCGGUCUUCUUCUAUGCCUCGUACGCGCAAACGCUGGGGUACAGCACGACGGCCAGCGCCAACUUCAUCGCGCUCAGCAACGCCUGCAACGCGAUCGGCAAGGUGCUGAUCGGCUACCUGGCCGACCGCGUGGGUCGCCUCAACGCCCUGUUUCUCACCACCCUGCUCAGCGCCAUCGCCACCGUCGCCUUCUGGCUCCCCUCGACGCUGGCCGGGGUCUCCGCCCAGUCCAAGGCGCUGUUCAUCACCUUCACCGUCCUGUAUGGGGUCUUUGCCAGUGCCUACGUCUCGCUCUUCCCCGCCAGUCUGGUUGAGCUGUUUGGCGCCCAGAACUUCGCCUCCGUCAAUGGGGUGCUGUACAUGGUGCGCGGCAUGGCGACCAUGAUCGGUACUCCCGUCGGGGGCGUCUUGAUUCGCAGCUCCACUUCCUCCUCCCCGGGGGCUUUCAAGAAUAUGUCUCUGCUGGUCAGUGUGCUGCUGUUCGCUGCUACGAUGUCGGUGUUGUGGGUGCGGCUGGAGGCGUUGGUGGGGGUCCAUGGGGCGGGUAGUAAGUGGCAUAGUUGAUGUUGUUCGGGCGGGGGGUUGGAUGAUAUAGGGCUACGCAGUGGGAGAAGGGAACAUACUGUGGGAAUGAGUCGGUGGAGUGCGUGGACUGUCAUCAGAGGAGUCCAGAAUCCAUACCAGCGAGAUAGAGAGAGGGCCAGAAAGCGGCGCUGGUGGGCGGGAAUGAGGAGGCUACGAGUUAUCUUGACUAUCGACUGUUGAAGAGCCAUGUUACCAUUAUAAUGGUCAUUUCCAAAACUUGUUAAGUAUGGAUGUUGUUUUGUAGCUGUUACACGGCAAACUGCAUUCUUCUAUGGUCUGGCCUUUCUCGUGGAUUGUCGUAGUUGG